AUUUUCUUCAGUCGGGUCUUAACGUUCAGUACUGCCACACAUAGUUUACGCUAAAAGCAGUACGACGUGACACACUUUCGAUACGUGCGUGAAAGGAUUGUAAAAUAUCGAUAGUCAUCCCUGGUGUAUCGAUACUGGAACCGGUCCAGUAUCGACCUGGAUAAUUUCGAGGAAUAGGCUUAGGGAUGUGCGCGGUCGGUUAAACAGUGAACUUGUGCCAGAUUUUUAAGAUUUUUUGAGGAUUUUUUUAAUUAUUUUUUUGGGUUUUUUUGGAUAUUUUUUGAAGAUGUUGCAGCCGAGGUGCUGGCCGGCCAUUUUGGUUGCGGUCGUUUUGGUUCUGGAGAGCGUUCAAGGUCUAGAUUAUAUAAACACCGCGCCGAGGAAGAGAAGAGAAAACGAUAAAGAUAUCACCACCGUUCUCCUAGUGGACAACCAUGGCAAAAAUUCCCUAGGCAGAUUCUUAAGCGUAAAACCCGACUUGGGACUUAUUACCUCGACUGCACGUACUUUUAUCCAAGAUGGGGUGACCACCGAGUACGCCACCCAGGUGCUCGGUACUACUCUGGAUAACGGACGACUGUACGCUCACUUACUUACAAAAACUAGCCGGGUUGUUUACGACCAUGACAAAAACACCAAAGUCUACGACCACGGUCAUAACAGUAAUAACAACAAACGUUGGAAUCUGGACGAACAUCAGAUUUCCAAUAAAAAAUUUAUUGGGAACACCGACUAUAUUUCUCCCGAUUCUCCUCAACUCGUAUUUCCUACCUCCAUACCAGAAAUCCUUAACGAGUCGCCAACAGGCAAUGCAAGAAUCCCUUAUAAAGAUCAGCCGAAGAUGGUGGUAAGACCAGAUGACCAAGUAGUCAAAGUAAAAGACUUAUCACAUGAAAACUUAAUUAUCCAUAACGAUAAUCCGGCGAACGUCAAACCAUCAAAAGUGAAAGGCUGGGAGCACUUGCCCACCUUUACAGUCAAAAACGAGUUCUCUCCUUCUGGUUUCUCUUACUUAGGAGAUGACUUACCAGACUCCCGAACCGAACGGUCCAAACUUACCACCGCGGCAGACCGUAAGGCUCGCCUCCUCUUCAAGGCAGGCUUAAACAAACCGAACCCAAAAGACUUACCGACAGUGACUUACAGCGGCUUUGCAGACUUUACCACUACGGUGGCCAAUACCGUCAUCAUCUUCACUCCUCAUACAGCUGAAAUACCCAAACACGCCGAAGUUACUAAAGCCGCUGGCGAAGCCACUAUUCAACCAACCCCCAUAUUCAAUUUACCACUGACAACAAACGAAGUUGAGCAACCAACCACGCAACGUCAAUAUCCAACGUUUAUUACCACAGAAGAGUUGCCCACCACCACAAUACAAUCCACAGAAGAUUCAAAAGAUGAUGUCGCAGGUCACAAACAGAUUAUUAUAAAUAAAGAAGACCGAGAGAGCCAAUCACAAGAUAUAAAUAAGGAAGACGACGUGUUAGGCCCCAACCAAAUGGUCAUAAACAAAGAAGACCGAGAUGGUAAGCAACAGCCGGACGAGCCAGUCGAUCUAGCAGCCAAAUUCUCUGUUCUGGCAAACGAACAAAAGCAAGGUCAAACUUUAGUUAGCCCCGAAGUGGUUCAACCCUCAGAGACCCAACCGGUAAUGCUUUCGACCCCCAGUGACGAAGAUAUCGCGAAAAUCUUAGCCUCCCUACAAGCGCAAGCCAUGGGAGCCACCCAGCCACUGGAAAGCGCCAAAGCAUCCACGAUAUUUUUCGACGAGGACCCCAAAAAAGAUAUUAACGCCACUCCCAGUAUGAGCACCAUAGAGGGAGCCACCACGAUCUUCUUUGAAGACGACGAUUUUUCGUUUGAGCCCGUCACCAGCCCAAAAGUUAGCGCACAGGCCACUACAGAAGUGGAGGAAACGACCACGGAAAAGCAGGAAAUCACCACCCAACAAGAAACCACUACAGCCCAAGAAAUCGUUACUACCACGGAAGGUGAGAUUCCAACCACUCCGCAGAUCAGCCAAAACGAGAUCGAAUAUGAAGAGGUUUGCCAUGAGGGUACGAAAGUCGUACCCACUACCGUUUAUAAGACCUUAACAUAUUUGACUACUUUCUACAUUCCUCUGGAAGAGAAUGACAGCACCAGUACAUCCAUUAGGUCAAACGUAGUCGUAUCAAGUGAAGUUUCUUCUGCUACAAUACCAUGUAACGUUAUUGAGCCUAGUGUCUCAUUGGAUACCACUACAGAACCUUCACAGGUUCCCUUGACAGAACCACUUACAACCACCACAGAACAAAUAACCACCACUGAAAAAGAGAUUGAAGUCCUCACCACUACCACAGAACAGCCAGUACUUGAAGAAGAAGAAGAAGAGGAAGAGGAAACUACUGUGGCACAAGAAACCACUACGACCGUAACAGAAUCCGAGCCUGAGACCACAGAGGCCACUACCGAAGAAGGUGAAGAGAUCGAACUUAUUUUCAAAACCCUCUACACUACUUACACCUAUUUGACGACAUACUUCCAAGAUUCCACAAGUUCUGUGGCAAGUAGAAUAGUGGUUACCACCAACGUGAUUACGUCCACUUUGGAUCCGGCUAGUGAAGCAUCUGAUCCCGCUAUAGCCGGGCUUAUGAACGAUGAGGAUAAGAUUGUGGUGCCCUCUAGGACGGUCAGCUUUGAAGACUUAGCUGAUAUUCAACCAACUGUCGCAGCAGGAAAUUCUAUUGGCGAUAAUGACGAUGACAAUGAUGAUGAAGAGGACGAAGAAGAUCAAACCAGUGUAGCUACUCCAGCCUUGCAAAGUGCUAAUGGAUUAAAAACUUUCUAUACCACUUACACGUAUUUUACCACGAUAUUUGUUGAUGGUGAAACGGAGAUUUCUAGUAGGACGGAAGUUUAUACUAACUAUGUGACGCCAACUGCUGAUGUUGACAUAACCCCCACAAAACUGCCCCAUAUUCAAGAAAAUGACGAGCAGCUGCUGCUGCAAAAUCGCUUGAGAAAUAUCAAAUUUGAUGGAGCCCAGAACUAUAGUAGUAUCGUGAGGAACAAACCGGAAAUCAAUGAUGAAGACAAUGACGUGAUUCCGACCACCACACAAAGUAACGAUGCUUACGUCACUCUUGAUCGCAAAAAGGAUAGCGAUAAUGCCAUCUUGGACUUAAGUGAGUACGAAACAAUUUCCACCAUGGUCACUGACGUGCGAAGCAGCACCUCGAAGGGUGAACAACGCUUUAUCGAUAGCUUGGAUAAGCGUAAUGUCUUAUUAGAUGAUCAGAUUGUGUCUGAAAGUAAUAAUGAGAGUGAAAUUGUUCCAUCGCCGCCAACUUUGCUGUUGCAAACGUCUUAUACUACUUUUACGUACUUUACUACGCAAUACCACGGUAGUACCUCAAGUGAUGUGGUUAGCAGACUGGAGACAGUUACUAAUGUUGUUACCACCACUUUGACCCCCACUCAGACUUUAAGUACGGAAGAUCAAAGUUUACCCGUGACUUACUUUACCACGUUUACUUACUGGACCACUUUAUAUAAGGAUGGACAAACCAGGGUGACCAGCAGAGAAGAAACCAUUUCCAACGUAGUCACACCAGAUUUCAAGCCCACUGAAGCCCCUGAGGCUGUUGUGCCUUUGAUCACUUCUACCGCUGAUCAGCUUAUAACCCCUACAGCUACAAUAGAGAGCAGUGUCAGUGAAACAAUGAAUAUUAUUCCGUCUUUGGUGGGUGACGAUGAACUUACCACUUUCUACACAACUUACACGUAUUAUACAACUUCGUAUGUAGGUGACGAGACCAUUUUGAAUAGUAGACUGGAAACUGUUACGAAUGUUUUGAAUAAAAGCAAUGAGAUUACUGAUAAUCACAUAGGAAGAUCUUAUGGCUCUAAUGGGGAGAACCAGAUUGAUAAUGGUGAUAAGACUAAGGCGGAAAUUAAGCCCACUGGAUUGCUGUCUUCUAUUGUUAGUACCAUUGAAAAUGAUGGUACUGCUACCGUAUUAUCUACAGAUGUUUUUGGUACUUAUAUAGAUGGUCUGUAUGCGAAAGUUCUUGAAAGCACUUCUUCUAUUUUGGAAAAAACCAUUGCCCCAAGUUCAGUCGAAGAAAAUAUAAAACCCACCGGGGUAAUAAGCAUUAAUCAAGGGAAAAUUGUAGAUGCUGAUGACUCUCACGAGAUGUAUUACACGACCCAAGCAGUAGGGACUUACAUAGACAACCUUUAUGCCCAAGUGAUUGAAAGCACCAGUUCCUUGGUAGUAGACCAAGAAAAGAAAGCCUCAUUAGGAAGUGACUUGCCGGUGGCCCACCGCACUGGUCUGGUAAGGCUUAUUGAGGGAAGCAUUGUCCAAAACAAAACCACCACCCUGUACGAAUCAAAAGUGCUUGGCACUCUAAUUGACGGCCGAUAUGCCCAAAUAAUCGAGAGUACCUCCAGCUUUAUCCUCCCCACCAGCAUUCCAACUGAAAUCCUUCCCACAGCCACUAGGGCUGCAGCCGAUCAGCCUGAGGCUUCGAUAAUCAUCCCCACCCCAGUGGUGUUGGAAGGGUCAAUUUCCACCAGCAGCGACGAAACCACCACAGAAUUGAAUGAGGAAGAACAAGAAGAAGAUGCUGAGGACGACGGUCGCACCAAAUCCCGUUUAAGUUUCCCAUCGAAGAAACGGACAUUUACGCCGGCGAUCCGUCCGUUUGCUUCUAGACCUCGUCCCACUUUCGCCCCCAAGCGAAACACAAAAUCGGGUGCGGCAGCUACCAUAACCCGUUCGGAUUUCACGCCGACCGUCACGGCGGUACCUGCUUCUAAGCCCAACCGAUUUGGGGGCGGCAGAAGAAGUUCUUCAACAGCACAAGCCAUCCAGCCGACCGCCUCCGGAGGCAGGAGAUUUUCCAGACCAAAAUCUACGAGUGCACGCCGCAGUAGCAGCUCCCAAAUAAGACCCACCUCAAGCGGGUUUAGACGUGCCGGAUCACCGCGCUCCUCCUCACUAGGGAAUAUCAGACCGAGUUCAAUAUUUGCAGGAAAUAAUCGGUUUAAAAUAAGACCGACCGCGGCAAGUGGAUUGAAUCGCUCGCCUAGUUCCAGGAUUGUCACUGAAACCCCUCCGGAUAAUUCCGAAAACGAAUUGACCACAAAUAUCACUGAUAACCCGACAGAUAGUUAUGAUGAGGCUGGUGACACUACUAUACCGUUACAAACAACCACUGAAUCAGCCAGACGUGCCAAUCCGUUGCUUAAGCUAAGACGCCCGCCGAUAUCAAGAGCUCCUGUUACAAGGACCACCCCAAAACCCUCGAAGGGAAACUCCCCGGCAAGGGGUAACAAUCGGGGAACAACCACGACCCCACGUCCAAGAACGACGCCAGCACGACCAAACGCCUUACUAAACAGACAGAGGGCUGGCGGAUUGUUCCCUAGAAGAAACCUUUUUACGACCACAACCACCCCAGCACCACAAGAAGAAGAGGAAGACGAAGGAUCUGACGAGGACUUGGAAGAAGAAGAGGGCGACGAGGAGGAGGAUACCGACUACGAAAGCUCGUUGCAACUAACACAAACCGAAGCAGCUCCGACCACUUCUAGCCCCAAAAAGUUCAAUGGGGUAUCCAUCAAGCCGUUCAGAAGACGAUUCAAGCGUCAAGCGACUUAUUCGCGCUUCAGAAGGCCUUUGAAUAGUAGAACAACCGCAGCACCUGCACCAGUAGAGCCUGAGUACGUAGACGAGCCUUCUAGCCCAAAAACUCCGGCCUUUAGGAGUCGAUACUCGGCAAACAAGUAUCGCGCACCAAAGGCUUCAAGCACCACCUCGGCCCCUACUACAAGAAAGCGCAUUUCCCCUACUAAGCCUCAGGUGGGGCGCGCACAAUUCACCCUAAGAGAAAAAGACUCUUCCUCUAAUAGCAGAAGUAAUUUUAAGCCAAGAAAUAGUAACGUUCGAAGGACCACCACUGCCUCCCCAAGGAGCAAUAGCCGGCUAAGGUCUGGAUAUUUGACAGAAAAUAGUGCGCGGAGGCCUACGUCAAGCUCCAGAGCGAACUCACGCGUCUCCACCAGCAGAACUCGCAGCAAGGCCAGAAAGUAUCAGGAACAGAAUUUGGAUGAUAAUAAUUACGUGCUGCCGAAGUUCGAUGGGACCAUUACGGUGACGUUCCAAAUACCCACUGAAGCAACGAUUCCGGUGGUAAAUGGCAAAAUAACCGAGUAUAAGAACAUCGUGACGGCCAAGUUAAGCACUGAGGUGCUCAGCCCCAACCAAUACUCCACCACCAUAAACCCCUUUGGAAAAGAAGUGAAAGUGCUCCUCUCGGAAAACACUUCUAUCAAUGGCAACGGAGCCACCCUGAUUACUCAAUACCUUCUUAACGAGUCGCCCACCACGAGUGUCACAUUUACCCCUACCCAAAUCAGAGGCAGAAAAACUUCUUUCUCACACGUCAUCCCCAGCACCGUCUACCAAGUGGAAGAGGUGGUGAACACCAUACAGCCAGCCCUCGCUGCCCAAGCACCUCUAGCAAACAUCCUUCUUUCGCAGCUCCUUCUUGGCAACGGCGUGGCUGCCAACCCAUUGCUCGGAUUACAAAACAACAACCCUCCGGGGAUACCAGCCACCCCAACCACCGAAUUCAAAACCAGAACCACUACGUACGUAACAACUGUCACCAGCACUUUGGAAACAGUGAUCCCCUUAACGUUUAGAGGAAAAGAAAUCUUGACUACUAUAAGUGACGUUAGUACCCAAGUGGUUACAGCGACAGAAUUCCUAACUGAUACUGUUGUGGUGACUCCGACUGCUGCAGCUUUCGGGCAGGCGCCACAGUUGAACACACUUUUAUUACCACUACUACAACAACAAUUACAGCAGCAGCAGCAGCAGCAACAACAGCAAAAUUUGUUGCAGCAAAUACCACCGGCGGUGUAUAAUCAGCCAGCUGUGGUCAGUGAAGAGGUGGACGAGCAACUUAAUGUGGCAGACGAGGUGGUUGAAGAAGCAACUGUGGCCCCCAAGAGGAAACCGAAGAAAAACAAGAAAAAGGCGGCCGCCAAAGUGGAGCCUCCCAAAGAAACCAGCGUGAUUACUCUAUACGUUUCCGGAAGAAUUCCCGGGGAGUUUACCACAGUACUAUCCACAGUUACUGUAGGGGAAAAUGCUCGUAAAAGAAGAUCACUGCCAGUGGAACCUUCUAGGGUGGCUCAACUGAAUACGGCCACAAUAGGCUACUUCGAUCAAUAUGUCGAAAGUACGGCAAAGGAUAUUGAAUCAGAUGCCGUCUCCAAAGAAACUGAGAGCCUUGAGAGCAUCAUAGGAGAUGUUUCUAAGCAUGUGACUACUAAGUCACCCCCAGAAGUGAAAGCCACAAAAAAGUACGUCGUGAAGUAUGUAAAAGCGAGUACCGAGAAGAAUUUUUUAGCUUAAGUGAC